AUGGAGUUGGCUAAGUUAAAGCUGGUGUUUUUCUUCUCUUUGGCCUGCUUGAUCCCCCGCCUUUCGGCCAACAUUGCCAAGUUUGAUGAUGUAUGGAGACGUCGCGCUGAGGAAGCCAUGGAAGCAACGCUUCAAGCAUACCACCCCGAUCCUCUAUCUGUCACGAAUGACUUUAACUUGAUUGUUCAUAAUUCCUCGGAGGACAAGACUAGCACGAGGAGGGGCUUGUUUAAGACCAGGAUAUCACAUAGAAGAGAGGGCGGUCCCUGCAAGGCGACCAACCCCAUUGAUAGGUGCUGGAGAUGCAAGGAAAAUUGGGCGAAAAAUCGCCAAAGACUGGCCAAAUGUGUGAAAGGUUUUGGCUACAAUACAACAGGAGGAGAAGGAGGGCCAAUUUAUGUAGUCACUGAUUGUUCCGAUGACAAUCUUGUGGAUCCAAAACCAGGGACUUUGAGGCACGCUGUGGUUCAGAACGGACCCUUGUGGAUCAUCUUUGCUAAUGAUAUGAACAUCAGGUUGAAUCAGGAAUUGAUUAUGACAAGCGACAAAACGAUUGAUGGAAGAGGAGCUGAUGUGCACGUUGCUUUUGGAGCUGGAAUCACUAUACAGUAUGUCAAGAAUGUAAUCAUCCAUGGAAUUCACAUUCAUCACAUUGUCCCCGCGAGCGGUGGCACCAUUAGAGACUCUCAGGAUCAUGUUGGACUGAGGACUUCAAGUGAUGGAGAUGGGAUUUCCAUCUUUGGUUCAUGUAAUAUUUGGCUUGAUCAUCUUUCUAUGUCUCAAUGCCAAGAUGGACUCAUUGAUGCCAUCCAAGGCUCCACUGCUAUUACCAUCUCAAAUUGCCACUUUACCAAGCAUAAUGAUGUGAUAUUGUUGGGAGCAAGUGAUGCCUACUCACCUGAUUCAUUGAUGCAAGUGACAAUUGCAUUCAACCAUUUCGGACAAGGACUAAUUCAGAGAAUGCCAAGGUGCAGAUUGGGAUUCUUCCAUGUGGUGAACAAUGACUACACCCAUUGGCAAAUGUAUGCAAUUGGUGGCAGCAAAAAUCCCACCAUUAUCAGCCAGGGCAACAGGUUCAUCGCCCCGGAUGACAACAAAGCGAAAUCGGUGACGAAUAGGAACUACGCUUCCGUUGAUGAAUGGAAGCACUGGCUAUGGAGAUCAGAGGAAGAUCUGUUCAUGAAUGGAGCAUAUUUCAACACAUCUGGGGACAUAAAUGCCAAAUUGAAUUUCCCCAGGAGAGAGUUGAUAAAAGCCAAGUCAGGAACAAGAGCCAACAGGCUCACUCGAUAUGCCGGGGCACUUUAUUGCAAGAUUGGAGAGAAAUGUUAG